AUGCGGUUCCCGUCGUGGUUGUUGUUCCAUGCGCUCCUAUCGCAAGUACACAGCGAUGCCACCGACUACCUGGAUGAGGCCAAAGCACUGCUGGAAGAAAGCCCUCUUCUGGACACGCACAUCGAUCUGCCGCAGAUAUUCAGGAGUCUUCAUCGCAAACCUCUGGACGCAGUCCGCCUCCUGAACGCCACGUUCCCUGGCCAUGUCGACAUUCCCCGGCUUCGUGAAGGACGUCUUGGUGGGGCUUUCUGGACAGUAUGGGCGCCAUGUCCAGACAUAGCAGGCGGUGAUCCAGGCCCAGAUUUCACUGCACCAACGCACCAUGUCCGGGACGCGCUGGAGAUGGUGGACCUUAUCCAGGCAACGGUCGCUCAGCAUCCAGACGACCUACAACUAGCGCGAACAUCGGACGACAUCUGGACUGCUUUUCGAUCCGGCCGCAUCGCGUCCCUCCUCGGCAUGGAGGGCACGCACAUGCUCGGCAACUCGCUGAGCGUGCUGCGUAUCUUUGCACAGCUCGGGGUGCGGUACCUGACGCUCACGCACACUUGCCACAGUGCGUUCGCUAGCGCUACGUCCUGGCGUGCUGGUAAUGCAGACGUGCUGGGCGAGGUCCAUGCCGGAGGCGGUCUCUCAGAUUUGGGCGUCGAGUUAGUACGAGAGCUCAACCGUGUCGGUAUCAUGGUCGACCUAUCCCACACAUCGGAUUCCACAAUGCGACAGGCUAUCGGGGUGUCCAAAGCUCCAGUGGUCUGGACGCACGCAGGAGCCAGAGCUGUGCGAGACCAUCCCAGGAACGUGCCAGACGAUAUCCUGGCGCUCAUUGGCGACGGCGAGGGACAAAUUGAUGGCCUCGUGCAGUCUGUGUUCUUCCCGGACUUCAUUGGCGAGCAACCUGGAGUCAACGCCAGUCAUGUUGUGGACCACAUGGAGCAUAUUGGCAACAUCAUCGGGCGGACCCGUGUUGGCAUUGCUUCAGACUUCGAUGGGAUGUACAUGACGGUCGACGGGCUCGAAGAUGCGAGCAAGUAUCCGAAUCUGAUAGCAGAAUUGCUGUCCCGCGGCUGGACGCCAGACGAGGUCCGUGGUGCAAUGGGCGGCAAUUUGAUGAGGAUCAUGGACAAGGUCGAUGAAGUUGCCAUCGUCGGCGAUCUGGGAGAAACGCACGGAUCUACCUCGACAGACUGGGGUGGCGGUGGAGUGCAGGUGUACUGGCCGCCAGACGUAAAGGAGAAGGUCGAGAACAUGCUGGUGAAACACGACGAGCUGUGA